CUCGGAGUGGGCGUGUCCCCUGAGGGGGCGUGGCUAACGGGAGGCGUGGCCUCGCGGCGGAAGCGGCGCGGGACGCGCGAGCAUGUCCUCGGUUCGCCCCGCGGCUCCGUCCCCGCCGCCGGGGGGGCUCCCGGGACCGCCCCCCCCCCCCCGCCGCCGCCGCCACCACCGGGGCGCGGCCGCACCGGGACCCCCCCCGGGCUCCCCCCCCGCCGGUGCUCCCGGUAGCAACGACGUGUUCGUGACGUCGCGCUCGGACUUCCGCGCGCAGCUGCGGCGCUGCCAGCGGCUCCUGGCCCCGGGCGGGGGUCCCGGUGCUCCCGGUGCGGCUCCCGGUGCUCCCGGGGAGCUGCGGCUGCACGGGCUCGGGCUCGCCGUGCCCCGCACCAUCAAUCUGGCGCUGCAGCUGCAGGCGGGCGCGGGCGGGACCCUCCGCCUCCACGCCAGCACCUCCUCCGUGCCCCUCCGCGCCCCCCGCGCCCGCCGCCGCCACACCGGCGACACCGGCGACAGCGGCGACACCGGCGGAGAGGACGGCGACACCCCCCGGCACAACUCCGCCAUCCACAUCCGCCUCUGCCGGGAGGCGCCCUGCGCCUGACGGGGCUCCCGGGGGUGUCACCGGGACCCACCGGGGGUGUUGGGGACACCCCGGGGCACCGGAGAUGGCACCGGGAAGGGGUUUGAGGGACACUUCGGGGACACCGUGAGCCGGGACGGCACGGACGGGGACACGGCGGCGUGAGGACACCGAGCUGCCACCGAUGGGGGCACCGAUGUCACCAUGGGGUGCUCGAUGUCACCGUGAGCCCCUCGGUGUCACCCUGGGGUGCUCGGUGUCACCCUGGGGCGCUCGAUGUCACCCUGGGGUGCUCGGUGUCACCCUGGGGUGCUCGGUGUCACCGUGAGCCCCUCGGUGUCACCCUGGGGUGCUCGAUGUCACCCCAAGCCCCUCGGUGUCACCCCGAGCCCCUCGAUGUCACCCUGGGGCGCUCGGUGUCACCGUGAGCCCCUCAAUGUCACUGUGAGCCCCUCGAUGUCCCCAUGAGCCCCUCGGUGUCACCCUGGGGCGCUCGGUGUCACCGUGAGCCCCUCGGUGUCACCGUGAGCCCCUUGAUGUCACCCCGAGCCCCUCAAUGUCACCCCAACCCCUCAAUGUCACCCCCAAACCCUCAAUGUCACCCCCAGGCCAUCAAUGUCACCAUGAGCCCCUCGAUGUCACCUCAACCCCUCAGUGUCACCCCCAACCCCUCGAUGUCACUUUGAGCCCCUCAAUGCCACCCCCAGCCCCCCCCUCCAGCAGCCCGGGGGACUCUGGGGGUGACACGGGGACUUUGGGGGAGUGUCACCCCAAUAAAUCCAACGCCAAUGA